AUGGAGCGGCGGCACACUCCCGCCGCCAACCGCCGGUACCGGCAGCGCCGCUUCUGGGACGAGCUGUACCGGCAGGAGGGCGCCGAGCCCCGCGAGUGGCUGGGGGCGCUGUCCCGCUUCCUCCCGCACCUGCAGCCUGAGCUGCGCCCCGCUGACCGCAUCCUCAUCCUCGGCUGCGGCAACAGUGCCCUGAGCCACGACCUGUACGAGCUGGGCUACACCGACGUCACCAGCAUCGACUACUCUCCUGCCUGCAUCGCGGCCAUGCGCGCCCGCUACGCCUGCUGCCCUGGCCUGCACUGGGCUGUCAUGGACAUUCGUGCCCUUGCCUUCCCUGACGCCACCUUCGACGUGGUGCUGGAGAAGGGCACCCUCGACGUGCUUAUGGUGGAGGAGACUGACCCAUGGAAUGUCUCGCCCCAGGCGACUGCCACAAUGCACCGGGUCCUGGCAGAGGUAAGCCGGGUGCUGCGCCCAGGGGGCUGCUUCAUCUCCAUCACCUUCGCACAGCCCCACUUCCGCAAGCCCCACUAUGCCCAGGAGGCCUUCGGCUGGUCCCUGCGCCACGUCGCCUGCGGGGACGGGGAUGCCGGCACCUUCCACUACUUCCUCUACGUCAUGCGCAAGGGGCAGCCCCUGGCCCCCCCCGACCUGGCCCUGGGGCGCCAUCUGCACCGGCCCCCCCCACCUCCCGACCCACCGCCGCCCCCUGCCCCCCCGGACGAUGAGGACUACCUCCUUGCCAUCCAGCUGUGACUCGGGGGCUUCCCCGGCCUCCCCCCACCCAAUAAAGCCUUAAGCUGCUC